AUUUUUAUGUUUAUUAUUAUUUUUAUAAAAUUAUUUUAGAAAAAGAACAAGUUUCAUAAAAUUUUCGCAGUAAUUUAAUAUUUUUUUAUUACCGUGUAAUUAAUAAUUAAUUAAUUAAGAGAUUAGAUUGUUGAAUAAGAUCGUGUUAAUGUUAAUUCGCACAUAUAUAUAACAAGUGCAUGCUCUUAUUUUUUCUCAUCUCAUUUCUGAAGAACCCUUUCGAUUUUUUGAAUCUUCAUUUUUCUGGUUCAUCGCAGAAACUCGAAUUCAACGAUACAUAUUUCUUCGACUACAAAUCACAUCCACUUUGCUGAAGUAUAGAGGAGUUUUUCCAGACGCUAGGAUAUUGAGAAGGAGUAGCAUGCUGAGAUAAUAGGGUAUCACCUGAAUCUGGAAAGAAGUUUGUCAGAUAUUACGUGAUUCAGAACAGUGAUAUGAGGCUUGAAUCAGGGACUUGUAAUGUGUGCUCAGCUCCUUGUUCAUCUUGCAUGCAUCUUAACCAUGCUCUCACAGGGUCAAAGGCUGAAGAGUUUUCUGAUGAAAACUGUCGCUCAGGGGAGGCCAAUGGUCAGAAUUCUAUGAAUGAGGGUAAUGUACACUCUCUUAAUAGCAGAGCUUGUGAAAACUUGCAGCAUGCUGUCAGUGAAACAAGUAAUAUGCUCUGUGUUAAUUCAAGUCACGAUUCUCUAUCCGAAAAUGCUGAGAGUAAGCAGAUCUUGUUGAAUAAGACUCAGGAUCCCAACCAUUUAGAAGGUCAUGAUGAGAACACAUCCUGUAUUAGUAGAGCAUCUGAUGCUAAUUUAGUGAAUGAUAGCCAUCUAAGGAACGCAGACAGAAUAAAUAUACCUCGAAAUGGUAAAUCUCUCUCGGAUAGUCGAAGCUCUAUUGAGAAUUGCAGUUCAUCAUUAACCAAAGAGAGUACACCUGUUGUUAUUUCUGGUGACAAAUGUGCUGCCAAUAAGGAUACCCUUAUUGAAGGCACUUCCAAUGCUUCACUAAAAGUAUGUCCAAAGUCACAAGCAGAUCCUGAUAAUGAUGUACAUGAUGCUAAAGUUGAAGACUGUAAAUAUCCGGUCCCUGAUGGACAUCAUGAGAAAGCUGAAGAACUGGUGAAAUCACCUGGGAAGCAGGAAUCUCAAUCUGAAACUGAAAGUGAUGAAUCAGAUGUUGUGGAACAUGAUGUGAAGGUGUGUGACAUCUGUGGAGAUGCUGGUCGUGAGGAUCUACUUGCCAUAUGUUGUAGGUGCACUGAUGGUGCAGAGCACACCUACUGCAUGCGAGAAAUGCUUGAAAAACUCCCUGAAGGGGAUUGGUUCUGUGAAGAAUGCCAAGAUGCAGUGGAAGCUGAAAAGAAGAGGCUGGAUGUUGAAGAAAAAAAAAUCGUCAAAACUACUUCGACGUCACAAGUUUCUGGCAAAAGACUUCGUGACAACAUUGAAGUGGCUCCUCCAGCGGCAAAAAGGCAAGCUCUUGAAUUAAGCAAAGGAUCACCAAAGGUGUCAAGCCCCAAGAGAUUGGUGCCACUGUCACGAGAAUCUUCAUUUAAGAGCUCAGAUAAAUUAAAAGGGAAGUCCGGUCUUCUGAUGCCUCCUCGUAACCACUCUGGUGGUGAUGACACACAGACUACUCGAUCUUCUUCCCUUGGCCCCCGGGGUCAAAUUUCAAAAAGUAUGUUGUUGAAGUCUAAUUCAUCCAACAACUUAAGUUCCAAGCCGAGAGUCAAAAUUGUCGAUGAAGUUUUUCCACCAAGACCAAAGGGUAAUGAACAAACUUCUAAGAAUAUGGAGAUACCUGGUCGGAUGACAAGCAGAUCGACAUUAUUCAAAUCCUCUAGUUUGGGCCGAUCAAGUGCAAUUGAAUCAAAAGUCAAAAUGAUUUCACCUAAAUCUGCAACUACUCACGACUUGAAAGGGUUUCGACAUUUCAAAGAAUCAGGUGUUUUUGACCGAAAAUAUUUGUCUAGGAAUGACCGGCCUGUGGCUAGUUCUGUUGUUUCCACACCUAAGGGUGACCAGAAGCUUACACCUCGGGCUGAAACCAUUAUUAAAUCGUCAUCUGUUAAUAAUCGUGAGGUGAAGGUUAACCAGGAUGGAAAAUUAAGUGCGUCAUUAAAAUCAAUGAACAAUAUAAGCCGUAAAAAUUUGGAGCCUCAAGGCAGUUCAGAGAGAACAUCAGCCAAUAAUGAUGAAGCUCUACAGGAUGCGCUGCCUCGAUCACGAGAGACAGGAAAUCAGGGUGAGAAAUCCAGAGAGAGUCUUAGUAAUCGUGCAAGGCCAGUUGUUCCCACUGCAUCAAAAAGUCCAUUCUGUCAAAAAUGUGAGGAAUUUGGCCAUUCUUUAGAAUAUUGCACAGCUAGUUCUCUACCAGAAUCUGGUGCAGAAAUAUUCGCCACAUUCUCAAAUAUCUCAAAAGAGGAAACACAUAAAGACAUUGGAUUGAAAGCUGCAAUCCAGGCUGCUUUACUUAAAAGGCCUGUAAUUUACAGGAAGAAAGAAGUAUCCAGUCAAACUGAUGAAAUUUCUACAUCAGGCACAGAAUUGAAUUGCGAAGUGACUGCACAAGACCCAGUCUUGGUUUCUAACACACUUAAGAAUAGUAUUACUACUGAAGAAACUAAUGAACAACAAAAAGUCCUUGAGAAUUCUACAUCUGCCAGCGAUUUGAAGCAACUUAACUCUUGUUCAAUUGGUCUUUGUUCCCAACAAGGAAAGUCGGAUUUAGUCGGUCUUAAUGCUCAAAAACCUUUAGUGAGAGACUUGUCUACAAAUGCUGUGGAAAUCUCAAGUGUUCUAUCGAAGAUGUUGGCCUUUCCUGAAUUUGAUUACAUCUGGCAGGGUGUCUUUGAAGUGCAUAGAAAUGGAAAGCCUCCAGAAUUAUGUACUGGAGUUCAGGCACAUUUAUCCUCUUCUGCAUCUCCUAAGGUACUUGAGGUAGUGACCAAGUUUAGUUCUGAAGUUCCCCUCAAUGAAGUUUCUCGCUUGAGCACAUGGCCAUCACAGUUUCAUCGUGGUGGUGCUAGAGUAGAUAAUAUUGCUCUUUACUUCUUUGCCAGAGAUGUUGAGAGCUAUGAGAGACACUACAGGGGUCUAUUGGAUCACAUGAUUAGAAAUGAUUUAGCACUUAAAGGAGUUUUUGAUGGUGUUGAACUUCUCAUUUUCCCAUCCAAUCAGCUUCCGGAAAAUUCACAGCGCUGGAAUAUGCUGCUUUUCUUAUGGGGUGUAUUUAGGGGGCAGAGGACCAAUCAUUCAGGUUCUGCAAAAAAGAUAUGUACUCCAAGUUUGAAUGCACUGCCAGUUGAGGUGAAUUCUUCAACUGCUGUUGUGACUUUGUCUGAACGUUGUUUGUCGAAGGGCAUCGGUGAAAAAUCAAUUAAUUCCGACAAAGCAUGCAACCAAUUAUGUCAACAAACGAAAUCCACUGGUUCGCCCCUGAAAGCUAGUGUACUAGAGGGUGAACAGUACAGAGAGUCUAAACCUCUUGAAGAAAUGGGAGCAGGUGCAAGUAACAAGAUGGUGGAAGCAAAUACUGAUUCUACUAUUUCUGACAUGCAAGAGAAUACCUUCUGUUUGGAGAUUCCUUCUGUUAGCAAUCAAGAAACAGAUGCUGCCUACAAUAUUAGUAAGAAUGAAAUUUUGAAGAGAGUGGAUAGAGUGAACUGUGAUGAAGAUCAGCAAAGGACUAAGAGGAAACAGAAAGAAGACCGUCAUUAUCUUGAUUUGGAGAAAACUAUUGACAAUCACGAACCACAUGCUGCAAGCUAUAUUGGUAUGUAUAAAACUUCAGAGAGAAUGAACAUUGAUCAAGAUCAGCAAAGGCAUCAGAGGAAACAGAGAGAUGGUAACUAUAUUGACUUGGAGGCAACUGUUGAAAUUCAAGAACCAGCUGCUGCAAUCAAUAUAACUAAGGAUAACCUUCCAGAGAAAAUGGAAGAUGAUAAAGAUCGGCAAUGGCUUAAGAGGAAAGGCAAAGAAGAUUAUCACUAUAUUGACUUGGAGGCACCUCUUCUGGAAGACUUGGAGGCACCUUUUCUGGAAGACUUGUCCGCAGAAGGGGUCGAGUACCAGCUACCCAAUGAUAAAGAAGUUCCUCAUGUUGACUUAUCAGUAGUUGGUUGUCAGAAAAUGCCUUGGAAUGAGGUAAAUGGAAAAUUAGAAGAUGGAGAAAGUUCCAGAAAGAAGCUUAGGACAAGUAUUGGCGGGAUUUAUGGACAUUACAGUUCUGGAGGUAGAGACUCCUUUAAUGACAGUUUGACAUCUCUUGGAAAUGAUCUUGCUUCUCGUUCUUCAGUUGAGGACAAAGGAUGUGAAGAAGCUUCCGAUGAAAAAAUCAUCUGCGAGGACUUGGGAAAGAAGAUGGAAAGAACGUUCUUUCCUGUUGAUUCUCAGAAUAUCAAUGGCCCACAAUUGGGGCUAAAUGCCAUGCCAUUGAAAGGGAUUCUUGAGCGUGUGGAUGUGAUUCCAAAUCUAAAUCUUGCUUUAGGGGAUGAAACAGAACUGCUGUCACCCCCUCCUCCUCCUCCUCCGGCUGCUCCGAAGGGUAUGCUGCCUCCUUUCCUAGUUGGGGCAGUAGACAAGAAAGAUAACCGUUCAGAUAGUUUGGCAGAUGGGCUAGAGGAUGAUGCUUCCGCUGCCGCUGCAUCUCUUUCCCUUUCUCUAUCGUUUCCAUCUUCAAGCAAGGAACACACAAAAGAUUCUUCAACGGCAGAGCUUUUGCCUGAUGGGCAACGUGUGAAUCCAUCGUUUCUCCUCUUCGGGAGAUACACAGACAAAUAAAUCUGCUGCUAUAUAUUUCUUAUCUGUCGUGUAAAUUAAUCUUGUUCAGCAUAGCCCGUGGUGUAUGAUAGAUAAUCUUCCAGCGCCCAUGCAAAGGAGCCAUCGUCCAAACAACAGAGUCAAUAAGUUUUUCUUUUCUUUUUUAAACUAUCUCAAAUACAUGUUUUUAUAUUACCUUUUUGUUGUUAUAAUAUAGUUACGGCUGUUUUGUAAAUAGAGAGAAUUCAAGCCGGCAUAAUUUAUGAAUGCUACUAGGAACUUGCGGAUGAAUAUUUUUAUGGCAGGGUUUCCUCUGUUCCUGACUCCUUUUUUAUGUGUGGCAGUGGUACACCUGGUUAAGAACUUAAUUAAACAAGUUUGCUA